GUAUAUGAAAGGUGCGUUACAUAGCUUAUACACAUUUUCUUCCCUACAGUUAGAAAUCAUUUACCACAGACUAAAAUCAUAUAAACGUAUAUGAUUAUUUUAUUGAAUGUAAUACUUGUAAAAAUGAUGACUGAAGUAUCCAAUUUCUUUGGCUUCAUUUGAUACUCGUAUUAUGCAUUUCUAUAUACGAAUCAAUUAAAUUUCUAGUUCGAACAUCUUUAUUUUUCUUGCCAAUAAACUAUAUACAUAUAUAUCUAUACAUAGAAAGAGAGAAGUAUAUGCAUACAUACAUUUAUAUUUAUAUAUUAGUUCCACUUAUGGUUACUUCUAUAUCUGCGGAAGAAUUUCAACGUUUUCAAUCUCAAUUACUUGAUUUACGUGAAGCACAAAUUACAGCAAAUGAUGCAAAACUACGUGCAGAGAAACGUAUUAAACAAUUAGAAGAAGAAUUAAUUUAUACACAAUCAGCAUUAACUAAUGCUCAAACUACAUUUUCUGAUCAUAAUUCACUAUUAGAAGAAUUAAAACAAGAGAAUAAAUUAUUACGUGAUAAAUUAUUUAAUACUGAAUCAUCAUUUCAAUUACAAUCAUCUACAUUACGAGCUGAAUGUUAUCGGUUAACUAAUGAAUUAGAUAAAUUAUCACAACAAUUAUCAUCCAAUCAUACAGAUACUACUAAUACUACUACUAAUAAUAGUAGUAGUAGUCGACAAGAUGAUUUUUGUCAAACAAUUAUCAUUCCCUUACAACAUAAAUCAAUUCAAACGAAUAAUGAUCCAAAUUGUGAAUUGAAUCAAAUUCCCGCAUUUUUAAUGAAUGAUAUAGAAAAUCUUACAAAUUCAUUAAAACAAGCUAAUUACACUCAUGAUCAAUUAAAACAAACCAUUGAACAAUUGAAUAAUAAAGUUGAUACCAUUGAAAAUCAAUUAUCAUUUGAUGUAUUCAAUGCUCAACAAACCAUUAAAAAAUUAACCCAAGAAAAUAAGUCCCUUUUAAUAGAAUUAAAUAAAUCUCAAGAGAAAUGUCAUGAAUUGAAUAUCAUUGAAAAUGAAUUACGUAAUCAAAUAGAUGUCAUAAAACGUCGUAGUGAAAAAUUAAAUCAUGAAUUAAGACGUCAAUUAAGUCGAUUUAUACGUAAUCAUCAUAAUGGUGAUAUUGAUACAUCUAUACAACAAUUAAGAAAGAAUUCAUUACAUUCAUCAUCAUCUUCAUUAACUAGUAGUAAUAUAAUCUUAGGAACUUCAACAUCUGAUGGAAUAUCUAAUGAAAUGAUGAAUGAUUCAAUGAUGAUGAAUAAUAAAUUAUCAAAUGUAUCUAUGUCAAAAAAUACUAAUUUUCAUGAAAUGCCUCCGGGAUUUUUUUCAACAGCUGACUUUAAAGCUAUAAUCGAUCGAAUGUCAGAAGUUCAAGAAGAAAAUUGUACUCUUCGAAGAUGUAAAAAACGUUUGGAAGCAGAUUUAAUGGCUAAAAGCAAAGUUAUACAAAAGGGAUUAGAUAAUUACCUUCAGUCUCCAUUAAUUUAUCAUGGUAACAAUGACACUGUCACUGCUACUACUACUACUACUUCAAUACCAACUUCAGCAGUAUCCUCAAGUCAGUAUCGAUCAGUUCCGUUAAGUAUUUCACCGUAUACGUUUGCAACUACUCCAUCUUCAUCAUCAUCAAAUUUCCCUAAUUCAACGACAUGGUUUCCAUUCUUGAGAAAUCUCACUUCAACAUCGGACUCAUCAACACUGACAUCAGCGUCAACAUCAUUAUCCAGUGUGAAUUUACAAACAGUUAAUCGAUUGAAAUUCAUGUGUGAACAAUUAAUGACAGAAAAUAUUGAAUUGAAAGAGAAAUUACAAGGUAUACCAUAAUCAAUUUUGUCCUGAUCCCGACAGAUAAAUAAGAUUGUGUAUGUGUGAGUGUUUGUAUGUAUAGAUAUGUGUUUUUUUUCAACAUACUAUUUGUAUCAUUUUUAUUGAAGAAACUUUUAUCCCAUUCCAAUGUUGUUGUUAUUGUUGUGUGUGUGUGCUCAUUUACUUUUCGGUGCUGUUCGAUUUUUAGAGUUUAUUUCUUUUCUCUCUACUACUUUCUUGUUGCUCAGAUCUCAUCAUUUGUUUAUUGUUUCUAUAAUGAAAAACACAGAUUAUUUACUUACUUAUUAUUUACUUACCUGUGUAGUUUGAUUUUUGCCCCCCCCUUUUUCAUUUUUUUAAUAGAAAAAAACGAUGUGUGGGUGUGCUUCUUUGUAUCUUGGUUUCUUGACAAAGAAGAACCCAGCGUUUAUAUAACUUGUACAAAAAAAAGAAUUUCUAAAAGUAGUAUGCACUGUUUUUCUUUAUUUUAAUUUGAGAUUAUUAUUAUUUUGUGUUUGUGUCUCGGUGAUACAUACAUAUAUGAAUAUAUACGCACUCACACACACAUACACACACAAACGUGUACGUAUAUGCAUAGAUAUAUGUGCACACUAAUACACUUAACACUUAUUCAAAUUACGCACAAAUUCACUUUCAUACAUACAUUCAAGUACACUUUCACAUAGACAUACAUAUCAGAUACAAAUAUACCGAUAUAUUUAUACAAAAUUACAUUUAUAUAUAUAGAAAAUCGUUUUUCUAGAACAAGAAGCACUCAAAGUAUCCUUUCUUCAUUAAGGUUUCUCAUUAUACUUUCAUUACUAUGAUUAUUAUCAGUAAUACUUAACCAAUCUUUUUAUUAAUUGCACAAAUAUUUUUGCCUUUUAAAAAAUUUUGUUUCUUAUUCUUGUAAAUGACAUUGAUGUUUGUGUUAAUGGUAAGUUACUUUAUGGUGAUUUUUGUUGUUGAAGGAGGAAUUAUUCGGCAAACACUGUCAAAUUGUAUACAUUUUCAAUAAAAUUGAAUAUUUGAUUGAUUUUUAGAUAGUACUUGUACCCUAAUCUACAGUGUAACAAUUCUAACUAGC